AUGUCCUUGGUUCAAUCUGUCUCACUUUCGGUCGCAUCAAACCACAGCCGCUCAUUCGUUCUGUUCUGCCUCACCUUCGCCAAUACGGGUUCCAGUUGCUCCAUGGCUACCUUCUCUGUGGCUGGACAAGUUCAAGUCAAGGGACGCUGCGCGACGUUGAGGCUGAAACUUCCAAACGCGAAGCCUCUAAAAGAAGAGCCAGAGGUAAAAGUUUGUCGGCCAAGCACCUCUGAUCUCAUGGCUGCCAUCGAGGGUAUGAUCAGUUGCUUGGCCAGUUUGCGACCCUUUGAUUGCGGCGGAGGCGGUCUUUCAGGAAGUAGCUUCAUCAGCCUCAACAUCCCGCGACGCGUCUUUGUGAAAGCUGGCACCACAGCAAUUCGUGCAGCAAUUCGCUCCGCCCAGUGCGAGUACUGGAACCGCGGGGCUGAUUUGUGGCUGAAGACAGGUGAUCUGGUCAAAGAUCAAAGAUAUGCCAUUCUAGUCUUGCUACGUCUUGCUACUCUGCUUGCCGCUCUGAAGAUAUCUGAUCUCUUUGCUUUAGCUCACGCAGUGCGUCAUAACUAUGCAAUCCAGGUGGCGGAGGAACAUCAAGGUCUCCAAGAGGAGUUCUUUCGGGACGGCGCCACCGAGGCCAAAGAAACCGGAACCAUUUUUCAGGAGCUGUCUGUGGCCACUGCGAAGAUGACGGGCUUGGAGGAAGAACUCAUUGGAACACGACAGCAGGUGGCGGAGGCUCAGGAGUCGCAGGAGCGACGCAUGUUGGAGUUUCAGCAGGCAACGGCGAUGCUGAAGGAACACAGCCAGAAAUUCAAGCAGCAGGAGGCGAGAAAAGCUCAGCAGAUGGUGGAGGCGGUACGACGCGAAGAGAAGGAGAAGAUGUCUCAUUUAGAGGCCGAGUUGGAGCAGAGUGGGCACGAAGUGAAGCGCCUGGAAACGGAGGUCAUCAAGAUGAGCGAUGAAAUGACGCGUGCGAUGAAGUGCGUGGAGGAACAAAAGGAAAGGGAUCAGAAGGAGAAGGAGGUGGUCCGCGAGCGCUUGUUGGAGCUACGCGUGCAGACGAAGGGCCUCAAGGUGCGGAAAAAGAGACGACUGGAACUGGAACUGAAGUUGGAGCAGCUUGCAGCGGAGCGAGCAAGAAACCAGCAGCUUGAGGUGGGUCUCGUAGAGGCUCGGCGUGUCCAGGAGGCACAGGGGCCGGGGCUCAGACCUCGGGAGUUUCUCGAGGAGCAGCUGAAGCGUUUGCAGCUGCUCGGUGAAGAAGCUGCCGAGGCGGAUGCGGAGGCGGCUGGCUUGAAGCAGCGCGUACUGUCGUUGGAAAGCUGCCAGCAUACCAUGGGCGAGUGCCUCAAGGACCGCCCCGUGGUGUCGUGGAAACGCCACGUGGCCAAAAUGGAAUAUCAAGAAAGAGCGCGGGAGGCGAAGGAGGAGGAGCAGCACGCCAAGGACCAGGACUUCCCGCCAGGUCAGGAGAUUAGCCGAGACCCUGGCGCUGGAGAGGCGAAGCAGGAACUGAAGGUCUUCGAUAGCUGGGACCUGACGCGAGAUGCCAAAGAGGCCUUUUGUGGAGAAGUGUUUGGCCUCCGGCGCGAUGCCGGAAAUUCGGAAUUCGCAAAGAUUCGCGGCUACGCAUGGAUCGCAUGGCAUGGAUUUCCCUCCCAGUGGCAUCGUUUCAAGUUUCGACCGAGCGCCAUGGGUGCCCAAGUGAGUGAAAAUUGCUGCGCCCCGUUACAGCGCUUGAUUGGAUUGCUCCACUCACUCUCGGGUCCACGAGAAAAGGAGGCGCUGACCUAUAGCGAGAAAGCUUUGAAGAGAAGUUGCUGCCGCUACGGCGACGGCUGCCAGCGGGCGAACCCCGUGCACUUCGUGGAGGAAUCCCACCCCGGAGAUCCGGACUACGAGGCGGACGGGGCCGUAACAGUGCCUGUAGUGGCAGCUGGAGCUCUGCUACCUCGCAGGCAGGACAGUUUCGAUUGGAUUCGACAAGCGAAUGGGCCUGAGGACCGAAUGCUUCGUGCUGGGACGGCCGCCUUGACGUUGAAGGCGUGUCGUGGCAACGGCUACCAGUUAGCCGAGGCGGUGGUUCCCUUGCGCCACAUCGAUGCCUUACUCCAAGGCACGCAGAUAGUGACCCUGGAAGAGGUGUCGCGUCAGCUGUCCCAGAGCCGCGGCUGGUUCGCCUCCUCUGCGGCGCCGCGCGUGACGCUGAGCCGCCACGGCACGGCGCUGGACGCGGCGCUCAGCGUGGUCAACGGGCGAGCGAAGGUGGCGGUGCUGGGGGCAGCAUCGGCUUACCAUCCCUGCGGCGGCUUUCGCACGGGUGGCCGGCAUGCCCUGGAGGAGUCCAUGUGCGUCCAAUCCACCUUGGGGGUUUCGCUGCAGCGCGCUGUCUUCCUUUCAAGGCAUGGAAGUGUCAAGGUGUCUCCUCCGCCCAGAGUGGGGAAGGGUUGGUUCUGCUACAUCCCGGAGAACGGUGCCAUCGUCAGCCCCCAUGUGGAAGUCUUCCGCACGGGAUCCAAUCAAGGCUAUGCGUUUCUACAAGCACCUCAGGACUCGCCGCUCGAUGCCCCAAGCGAAGCCGAUGAGUACAAGGCAUUGCUGGUGUCCAAAUUCAAGGUUGCACUCGGAGCAGCUGUUCUGGCGGGCGCCAGCACAUGUGUUGUGCCGGGCGUGGGCUGCGGGGUCUUCAAGAAUGACCCAGGUGACGUGGGAUCUGCACUGGCUGAAGCCCUACGAUGGACAGCACUGGCUGGGAAAUUGGAGGAGGUGAUCUUAGCCGGCGUUCCACGUGAGUUUGCCACAGCCGCUGGGGCUGCGGCCUAACGAAAAUGGUUUUCAGCUGGUGGAGGUAUGAAGAUUCCGGGCCCACAUUCCUUGGCG